CAUACGUAUGAUGACAUGGCAACACAUGAUUGGAUGAUCCGCGUCACCAGAUUUCCAAUGACACUUUUGGUAAAUUCACAUAAACACACACGGGAUCUCUUUCACUCGAGACAUCAUCAAUUCCUGAACAACUCUACAAUGAAGAAAUACUGUCUGUUAAUUCUUCUAAUUACCGCAACAAUCGUUUCAGCUAAGAAGGCAAGUGGUGUUACUGAAUUACAGAUUGGCGUUAAGCACAAGCCAGCAUCUUGUGAAAUCCAAGCACACAAAGGUGACAGGAUUAAAGUUCAUUACAGGGGAAAACUUACUGAUGGAACUGUUUUCGAUUCUAGCUUUGAGAGGGGAGACCCAAUUGAAUUCGAGCUUGGUAGUGGUCAGGUGAUUAAAGGUUGGGACCAAGGACUACUAGGAAUGUGCGUUGGGGAGAAGCGUAAGUUGAAGAUACCUUCAAAGAUGGGUUAUGGAGAUCAGGGCUCACCACCUACUAUUCCAGGCGGGGCCACACUUAUCUUUGAUACAGAGCUUGUUGCGGUCAAUGGCAAAGGAUCAGGUGCAGGAGACACCGAUAACAGUGAGCUAUGAUGAGAAGAAACCUAAUCAUAAUACUUUCUGCUUGUUUGGAUAACCGAUAAUGGUAGAUAAUUCUUAGAUUUGAUAUUUCAAUUUUAUAUGUUAAACUUCCCUCAACAUUUCUAGUAUCUUCUGAGAUUGUACACCUUUCUUUUGAAGACAUUUAGAGCGAAUUGACACAUUAUCUCACUUGUGGUUUA